GCGUCUUGCUGUGUUCCCAACAGCUUGCACUGAAGAGGGGCCAGGACGGGUGCGGUGGGGCCACGGUAGGUCGGGAACGCAGGCAAGGGACUCUGGGAUCCACGCUGACCUUGGGUCAGCCCCUGCGCCGCGGACUGCACGGAGGGCUCACGGGGUUCCCCCGACUGCCUCAGGGAAAAAUGCUUCAAAGCCUUAUUAAGAAUGUCUGGAUCCCCAUGAAACCCUACUAUACCCAGGUUUACCAGGAAAUUUGGGUAGGAAUGGGGUUAACGACUUUCCUCUUUUAUAAAAUCAGGAAAGCUGAUAAAAGAAGUAAAGCUUUGAAAGGCUCCAGUUCUGCAUCUGCCCAUGGCCAUCAUUAACUGCUCCCUGAGUGGACUCAAGAUGAAUCGUGUAGACUAAGCUUAAGCAAGCUGUGUUAUAUGGAAACACGGAACAUCGCUGUACGCUUGUCUAAGUGCCACUUACAAUGUGGCAUUAAUAAAUGUUUGUGAGAAGCA